AUGCCCAGGGGCACCAUUCGGCCCACUCAGAAUGUCCAAGUGUCCAUGCUCAGCAGCAAGGUCACAAGUCCAAGCGGUCCAGGGGCAACCUUGCUGUCGAAGCCAUUUCAGGAGACGCAAAUGUCCACCUCUGGCAGCAUUGCAACAAACCCCAGAGCCCCAGGGGCAUCCAUUGUCAUGAGCCCACUGCAGCAAUUCCAGAUGUCCACCUGUAGCAGCUUUGUUACAAGUCUCUUCAUUCCAAGGACAACCAUUCUGACGAGCCCACUUCAGAAUGUGCAAGUGGCCACCACGAGCAGCAAAAGCACAAGUCUCUUCAUUCCAGGACAACCAUUCUGA